AUGACCAACUCGCUUUCCUCCGUGGUCGCACCAGAUACACUCAGAAAGCCUCCAUCCUAUUCGCCCUCGAGCGCGAAGUCCUCUCGAGAUUUCAAGAGAAGCCAUCCGCAUCCCUACCUUAGUGGCAACUUUGCUCCUUUGCAGAAGGCCCAGAGUCUAGUACCAUGCUCAUAUUCUGGGAGCAUACCAGAAGAGCUAUUUGGAGGUGAAUACGUGCGAAAUGGCGGCAACCCAGUGGCAAACGAGGACUUGGGCCGGGAUGCGCACUGGUUUGACGGUGAUGGUAUGCUCAGCGGUGUCGCGUUCACACGAACUGCCAACGGUGUGCAACCAGAAUUUGUCAACCAAUACAUCUUGACCGACAUCUAUCUGUCCACAAUAUCCUCAAAACACCUGCGCCAUCCGAUCCUGCCGAGCAUAGCAGCAUUGGUCAAUCCAUUGACCUCAUUGUACAAGCUCAUCGCCCUUAUCUUCCGCAGCAUCUUAUAUGUCUUAUUAUCACGACUUCCUGGCUCAGUCCAAGCCAUUAAGAAGAUCAGCGUGGCCAACACGGGUGUUUUAUUCCAUGAUGGUCGCGCUCUUGCCACCUGCGAAUCCGGCCCCCCAAUCAGAAUCGUUCUUCCGGGCCUCGAAACUGUUGGCUGGUUCAACGGGAAGAGAGCAGAAGGGGAGCUGGGAGGAGAGGACGGCUCGGGAUUUGGGGGAGAUGGGUUACUGCGAUUCAUGAAAGAAUGGACCACCGCCCAUCCUCGUGUCGACCCGAAGACGGGAGAGCUGGUCCUCUUCCACUCGACUUUUGUCCCUCCAUAUGUACAUUACUCGAUUAUCCCUGCGACCUUCUCGCCCGCCGUCCCUACUUCGCCGCUCGAGAGACCAAUCAGGCUUCUGAAUGCCCCAGUUCCGGGGAUUUCGUCGGCAAAGAUGAUGCAUGAUUUUGGAGUGUCGGCACACCACACUGUCAUCAUGGACUUGCCUCUGUCGCUGGAUCCAUUGAACUUGGUAAAGAAUAAGCCUGUUGUUACCUACGACGCAACGUCUCAUUCUCGAUUCGGCAUCUUUCCUCGAUACCUGCCCCAGCAGAUUGUCUGGUUUGAGACAAAAGCAUGCUGCAUCUUCCAUACUGCGAACACGUGGGACGAUCAGGUGCUUGACAAAGUAACGGGACAACUGCGGACAACUGCUGUCAAUAUGCUCGCAUGUCGACUGACUUCGGCGUCGGUCAUUUUUGAUGCAGGCAAUAUUCCUGCUCCUCAACAAAUGCUCAAUGGGCCUGAUAGUGAAGAACAGUGCCGACUCCACUACUAUCAGUUCUCAAUGGCACAGCCAGGGCACAUAACACAUGAGUUCGCAUUAAGUGCUAUCCCGUUCGAAUUUCCCAAUAUUAGGAAAGACAGCACAAUGAGCCAGGUUAGAUAUGUCUUUGGUUGUUCGACUUCCAUAGGCACCUUUGGAGUCGCCCUUGGCCGUGCUGCGAAGAUCGACUGCUUGGUCAAGGCAGAUGUGGAGACGCUCAUCAAGCGAGGCAAGACUUAUUCACAUACCCCGGGUGUACUUGACUGUGUUGAUACAAGGUGUAUCAACACGAUCUUACAAUCUCGGGAGGAGGAUGACCCAAUCUCGAUUUUUCGCCUUCCGCAAGGCUGGUUCGCACAGGAGCCACACUUUGUGCCACGUGAAAACGGCACUCAGGAAGAUGAUGGCUGGCUGUUGACCUAUGUCUUUGACGAAUCACAGCUGAACUCAUCAGGCGAAUGUCGUCCCGACGCCAAAAGUGAGCUGUGGAUCAUUGAUGCCCGAGACAUGAAGACGUUGGUCGCGCGGAUAUACCUGACGCAGAGAGUACCCUAUGGCCUCCAUGGUAAUUUCUUCACCGAGGAACAGGUCAAAUCGCAGCGGCCAAUCGAGACCAUCCGGGCCAUCAAACAAAGAGACGAGGUCGAGCAGCAAGCGAACUGGUGGUUGGCCGUCAGGAACAGGCUGGAGAAGGCUCUGGGGUAA